GUCAACAUUCAGCUUUAUUUCCGAGGCUUGCACAGAAAGCUCGCAUACCUCAUCUCCGCACAUUAUAACACCAACAGCAGCGAUGCCACCACCAGUCAAAGCAGAUGGCAAGCUUGACAGAGCGGCCCGACAAGAGAACAAGGCCGUUGCUCAGGCACGCGCUGCUGAAGAGCAGUCGACAGCGGAGCUAAUCACUUAUUAUCGGAGCAGACUAGAGGGGUUCGAGGCGGAGCGUGCAGAGCUGCUGCAGCGCCUAGACCAAUGCGCUAUCCAAGGAGCAGAGAUGCAUGUCCUGGAGUGGGAGGCACGCAAGCGUGCUGACGAAGUGCGGGAGCUACAGAAGGCUCUCUCAGAUGCCCACAACUUUCUGUUCGAUGAGCGGCAGCGGCUGCUGGCCCUGCAGGCGGAGAACGACGAGCUGCGGCUUCAGGAGAUCCAGGACCGCAAGUCCAUACAGCAGCUGCUGGCACUACAGCAGGGCGGAACAGGGGCAGGAGGCGGGGGCCGGCAUCAGCAGGGGAGUGCCGGGGGCCUGCCGGGUCCCAACGUGGACCACCUGCUGCUGCAGAUUGAGUCGCUGCAGGCGCAGCUGAACGAGCAGAAGCAGCUGGCUUCUGAACGUAUCGCGGCGCUGCUUGAGGACCGGCGCAUCCGUGAGGCGGAGGAGGAGGCGCACCGGCGGCAGCUGGCGGCACAGCUGGAGGCGGCCAGUGAGCGGCUUGGUCGGCUGGAGGAGCAGCUGCGGACCACCACCAAGGACUACAUCGUGGCUCGGCGCGAGAAGCAGGCCGCUGAGGAGCGGGCACUGGAAGCGCAUAUGGUGCUGGCGGCGGAGCGCCAGGCGUUCCUGGAGCAGGGGGCGGAGGCGCGGCGGCGGGCGGCGGCGGAGCUGGCGGCGGUGCGGCAGGAGGCGGAGGACAAGCUGGAGGACGUGGAGAGCCACCUGAGGGCGCAGCUCAAGUCCAAGGAGGAGGAGUUGAUCAACCUGUCGUCCGUGCACACCACCUCCACAGCUGCCUACGACCGCCGCGUGCAGGAGCUGGAGCUCAGGGCGGCACGGCUGGGCGAGGCCAACAAGCAGCUGGAGCUGCGCCGUGCGCUGGACGUGGAGGGCUGGACGGCGGACGUGACGGCGCUGCGUAAGAUGCUCACGGCCGUGGACAUCAAGCUGCACGAGAUGCGGCUGGUGGAGAGGCUGGAGGACGAUGACCGGCUGGACGCCAUUCUGCAUGUACUGCGCAAGAAGGCGCCCAAGGUGGCGCUGCCUGGCCCCUCCGCCGGAACCAAGGCCGGGGCCCACCCGCACCACCACCAGGGCGGCGCGGGCGAGGCGCAGAGCGUCAAGAGCGCACUGGCGGAGGGGCUGCAGGACGUGCGCUGCCGUGUGCGGGAGCUGGAGCAGCGGCUCGCAGAUAAGCAGAAGCAGAUGCCGGCGGGUGGAGCGGGGGUGGCAGGCGCAGGGGGAGGCAAACCGGGCAGCGCCAAGGCGGCACGCCCGCGCGCAGUGUCGGCAUCGCGACGGCGGUAGAGGAGGGCUGUGAGGCGUCGUGUGGCGCGUCUGAUUUCGUGUCGCGCACAUUCGCGUUCGCGUUUCGAAAGCACUUCGCUUCGUGUGUACCGUAUUGCCUCCUUCACUGACAGUGACAACUUGUGGGUCAAGGUAGGACGUUGACCACCACUGAAUUUGGCUGGAUGCCUGCACGACAUAUAUAUACAACAUUGCAGUAUGCUUGUGCAGACAAUGGUAGUACGGUAUGAACUGCUCCGCGCUGCUUAUUGGGAGAGGGAUGUGCUGCGUGGCCUCAGCUCGAAGCAGCGCGUGCGCACACGGCUACCGUCCCGUAUCACAAGAUUGUGCUCUUACGACUAGUGUUGCACGCAAGCAACUGGAGGGAUGGGAAUUGCGGGAAGGGGGGAUGGUCGGGGCCGUUCGAGGGGGGGGGUCGGGCCGUUCGGGGCGCAGCUCGGCGAGGGGUACAGGGCACGCACUGGGGACCUGCUUGGACCUGCUUGGACCCGUGGUUCCAC